AUGGCGCCCCUUUCUCCUCUACGUCAGCUGGUGUUUCUCUUCAUCUUCUGCUGUCUCGUGGCUCCGACCUCGCCCAAACAAGCGGUGUGGCGUCGCGUGGAGGCCGUGGAUGGCGGCGAGGCGGUGCUGCCUUGCCAUGUGGCGCGCGCUGAGGCCGGGGACCGACUCUAUGUGGUGCUCUGGUACAGGGAUAGCAGCGUGGAGCCCGUCUACAGCUAUGACAACCGGCCGGGUAUUCUGGCGGGCCCUGAGCAGCGUCACACUCUGCGGAGCCGCCAGUUGGAUGGCCGCGCCUCGUUCCGUCCUGGCCAGCUGCCCGCCCUGCACAUCAACCCGGUGCGCGGCGAGGACCAGGCGAACUACACCUGCAGGGCGGACUUCAGGAUAGCAUCCUCACGACGCACGCACCUCACCCUAGUGGUCGUGGUCCCCCCAGAGCCGCCCCAGCUGAGGAUCGGCGGGGAGCUGUGGCCGACGGGAGGGCUGCUGGGGUCGCUGCAGGAGGGGGGCCAGCUGGAGGUGACCUGUACCGUAGUGGGAGGCUUGCCCAGACCAGUGAUUGUGUGGCGCCGGAACGAUGAGAUUCUGCAGGUGACACGGGAGCCACUAGCGGGAACAUCGGGAGCGCUGGUCAGUCGCCUAGCCGUCAGCCACCUCACGCGGCAGUACCACAACGCCCGGCUGUCCUGCCAAGCUUACAACAACAACGUCACGGAGCCCUUGGAAGCCUUGGUGACGCUGGCCAUGAACCUUCGCCCCCUGCUCACAAGACUGGUGUCACCGCCCGCUAGUCUGAGGGUCGGGCGGCGCUACGCUAUCACCUGCCUGGCUGCUGGGUCACGGCCACACCCUAAUGUGACUUGGACCCUUAGCGACGGAGCGGCGACUGUCUACCUGAGCGCGGAGACACAGCACGGAGUCAACAUGAGCUCGUCCCGUGUGUCAGUGCUGGCGUCUCGGCGCGGCCACGGGCAGAGGCUGGCCUGCACUGCGCUCAACCCACUGUUCCCUGACCACCCGCUGGCAGACUCCAUCGUACUCAACGUGACAUACCCGCCUGUGGCCUCGCUGGAGCUGGGUCGCGGCGCCUCGUCAACCGUGCGGGAAGGAGAGGACGUGUACUUCAACUGCCUCGUCGACUCUAACCCACCGCUGUACAACAUUACGUGGGUCAGACAGGGUGAGACUAUCGAGCAUGCCCCUGAGGCCGGCGUGUUGGUGGGUGGACACAGCCUUGCCCUACGAGGCGUGUCACGGCGAGACGCGGGGCCGUAUGUGUGUCUGGCUACCAACGCCGAGGGGGAAGGAGCCAGCCCGCCGCUACUUCUUCAGGUACAUUAUGCCUCAGUAUGUAGAGACGGCAGCAGGCCCUCGGAGGUGUACACAGCGGGUCUGGGUCAGCCCGUUAACGUGUCUUGCCAUGUGAAGGCGUCCCCAUCUCAGGUCAAGUAUUCCUGGAUCUUCAACAACAGCCUCAGUUCACAAAGACUGCCCGGGGAACAGGUCUUGUCUGCCACAGAGGUCGGCAGCGUGGUCGAGUUCGUGGCCGGCUCUCACCAAGACUACGGUACCCUACAGUGCUGGGCUCAGAACAGCGUGGGCAAGAUGUCUCGGCCCUGCCUAUACCAUGUGGUGCCGGCCAGUCCUCCUGAGCGCCCGACGUCCUGCGCAGUGGUGAACAAGACCUACGACGCCCUGGUGGUGACCUGCACGGCUGGCUUCGACGGGGGGCUGAGGCAGAGCUUCUUUGCGAGGGUCUACGAGGCCGUGACAGGUCGAGGUCAGGUCAACAUGAGCGCGCCGCAGCCUCGUUUCACGCUGGAGGGCCUCACGCCGAAGCUCGACUACAUGAUAUGGGUUAGCGCCCGCAAUGCCCUCGGCCACUCUCCAGCCGUGCGACUCGAGGCAUUCACGUACAAGCUCGCGGCGAACACCAUGAAGGAGGAGAAGGUCAUGGAGACAAAAGAGGAGCAAAUAAUUGACCUCCCCGGUUCUGGCCUGUCAAUGAUGGUCACUAUAGCGGCAGUGGUGGUGGCGGUGGUGGUGGCGGUGGUGGUGGUCGGGGUGCGCUGGUGCUUUCGAGGGGGCGGCAGACAGUCUCCCGCGACCUCCAGAAGCAAAGGGGGUUACGCGCCUCCCGAACAGACAGAGGACGAGGAAUUGCCCCUCGAAAUACCGGCCAUCCUUAUAGACAGCCACCACGAUCUCAUGGAACACGACAUAUCGGACCAGGCGCUAUGAAGGAGGGGGAAGUCGUGUGAGUGUGGGCAAGGCGCACUCACCCAUCGAGCUGUGCAGCCUCGAACUCCCACCAGGCACCACAAGCAGCCCUUCCUUCCUCACUCCCUUCACCCAGACAUCCCCGACAUGGCAUUCUAAGAGAGCGGAACCACUUACUCUUGUCUAUAGAGGAAUUACGUACCCUGGAAAACCUGCGAUGUGAAGGAGAGGGUCGUUUGGGUGUUUGGGAUAGCCCUGUCAAGAAGUCCUCCCUCCCUGACUCCCUUCAUGCUGACAUCCGCAACAUGGCAUUUUAAGAGGGAGGAACCCACGUACUCCUGUCUAUAAAAGAGCUACGCACCCUGGAAAACCUGCGAUGUGAAGGAGAGGGCCGUUUGGGUGUUUGGGAUAGCCCUGUCAAGAAGUCCUCCUUCCCUCCCUUCCUGCUGACAUCCUCAACAUGGUAUUCUAGGGGCCUGUCUGUGAUCGUUCUACAGGCAUAUACGUCUUCACACAUCCACUGGGCAUCACAAACAGUCCUUCCUCCUCACUCCCUUCAUCCAGACAUCCCCAACCAGGCAUUCUAAGUGCAAGGGACGGUGUACUUGUGACUAUUUUGGAGUAAGACAACCUGGGAAACUUGCGAUCUGUAGGAGAGGAACAGGGAUGUACUGGUGUUUGGGAUAGAGCUACGCCUUCACACUAUGUCAAGAAGGUCUCCCUCCCUCACUUCCUUCAUGCUGACAUCCCCAACCAGGCAUUCUAAGGGCGAGGGACGGUGUACUUGUGACUAUUAUGGAGCUAUGU